AUGGUCACCUUGCUCUGUGACUCGGGGCACGCAAUCAAAGUCGGAGCACUCCUGGACUCGGGUGCACAGUCAAUCUUCGUAACGGAGUGGGUCGCGCAACAGUUGCACACUAGGCUCAUUGUAAGCUUUCCUAAUAAGCCAAGCUUACGCCUCCCAACCAAAGCUCUGGUGCUUCGAAGCUUGACAAGCUUAUUGCCGCCGGAGCGCGUGAGGACGAUAUCUUGGCCGCAUCUCAGCGGGCUGGAGCUGGCGGAUCCAGCCUACGACAUCCCGGCCCCGGUCGAUGCCGUGCUCGGCUCGGAUGUCUAUGAUCUGAUGAUAAAACUGGUCCUGCGUCACGGACCAUCGGGCUCUUCCUUUGCGCAGCUCACUGCGUUUGAUCUGUCUCGCGUGGUUCAGCGCCUGUGGGAGUUAGAGGAGGUCAGUUCUCAGUCGCCUCCGACUCCUAACGAGAUUUGGGCGGAGCAGAGAAGAGAAGGAGAAGUCAAACUCGACGAUUCACGUCAAGCUGAGAUAACCAUGCUCUUGAAUUUUGAGCGCAGACUAGGCACGAAAACGGAGCUCCGUAAACGCUACGUCGACUUUAUGGUCGAGUAUUUAGCGUUUAGCCACAUGGACUUAGUAAGUCCUGAAGCUCUCACCGCACGAGAGUCGUAUUAUUUGCCGCACCACGCGGUAUUCAAGGCGGGAGACUCUUCUAAUAAAAUUCAAGUCAUUUUUAGCUGGUUGUUUUCCACUACGUCGGGCUAUUCGUUAAACAACACACUCCUGCCAGGACCACGUCUUCAGUCGGAUGACGCUGACCUCCAGCGUAUCUUAUGGCGAGCGGACCCGUCUGAGGAAGUUCGCGAUUACCGUUUUACCAUCAUCACUUAUGGGACGGCUUCGGCGCCGUUCUUGACCUUGCGGACACUACAGCAGCUGGUUCAGGACAAAUCAUCCCGGUUUUCGAGGGGAUCGGAAGCUCUCGGUCGCCAUUCUUAUGUGGAUAACAUUCUUGCAAGAGGUGAUUCUCCCGAUGAAGCCAGGGAUGUCCAAGAGUAA